AUGGCUGGGUGCCAUUCCUCCAUGGUUAACGCCUUUCGUAGCGUUUCUCGCUCACUGUCAAUUCCAAGCAGACUCGCCGUCUUGAAGGAUCCCCAAGAUCUCGUCACCAAAGAAGCCAACGUGAAGCCCGCCGGGACUCGCACCAAACCAACCGUUGAUCCCUUCAAUCCCAAUUUCGAAUCGAUCGCUUCGGUUCCCUACAACACAGCGUUUCCGUCGUCCACGAAGGAGUAUAAGACCGUUGUCCACGAAGCAACCGGCCACCGGCUUCACGUGCCCUUCCGUCGCGUCCAUUUGGAAGAUCCCGACCAACUCUACCUGGAUUUGUACGAUACCUCGGGGCCGCAGGGCGUUGAUCCCAAGAAGGGGUUGGCCAAGUUGCGCCAGGAAUGGACGGACGAGCGUGAGGGUAAGUACGAACGUUACACUCAGAUGCAUUUCGCCAAACAGGGAAUCGUUACCGAAGAAAUGCUCUAUUGCGCUACGCGAGAAAACAUGGAACCUGAGUUUGUCCGUUCCGAGGUGGCCCGAGGACGCGCCAUUAUUUGCUCCAACAAAAAGCAUCCCGAACUCGAGCCGCAAAUCAUUGGACGCAUGUUUAAAGUCAAAAUCAAUUCGAAUAUUGGAAACAGCGAACUGGGAAGCAAUAUUGAAGACGAGGUGGAAAAGUUGCAAUGGAGCAUGCUGUGGGGUGCCGACACACUUAUGGAUUUAAGCACAGGCAAACAUAUUCACCAAACCCGCGAAUGGAUCAUUCGCAAUUCGCCCAUCCCUGUUGGUACCGUGCCCAUUUAUCAGGCUCUCGAAAAAGUGGACGGGAUUGCCGAAGACUUGACGUGGGAAUGUUUCAAGGAGACGCUUCUCGAACAAGCCGAGCAGGGUGUGGACUACUUCACCAUUCACGCGGGCGUCUUGCUUCGAUACGUGCCAAUGACGGUCAAGCGCAUGACAGGUAUUGUCAGUCGCGGCGGAUCAAUCCAUGCCAAAUGGAAUAUUUUUCAUCACAAGGAAAAUUUUGCCUACGAACAUUGGGACGACAUUUUGGAAAUUUGCGCCAAGUAUGAUAUCGCGCUGAGUAUUGGUGAUGGACUACGUCCCGGAUCCAUCUACGAUGCCAACGACGAAGCGCAGUUUGCGGAACUCUUUACUCAGGGAGAACUAACUAAGCGCGCUUGGGAAAAGGACGUACAAGUUAUGAAUGAAGGUCCUGGACACGUUCCUCUGCACAAGAUACCCGAAAACAUGCGCAAACAGCUAGAGUGGUGCAACGAAGCACCUUUCUAUACACUAGGCCCUCUCACUACAGAUAUCGCACCCGCCUACGAUCACAUUACUUCCGCCAUUGGUGCCGCAACGAUUGCGUCUCUCGGAACUGCCAUGCUCUGUUAUGUUACGCCAAAGGAGCAUCUUGGUCUUCCCAACCGCGACGAUGUCAAGGCUGGUAUCAUUGCCUACAAGAUUGCAGCUCACGCCGCCGAUCUUGCCAAGGGAUAUCCUGGGGCCCAGGAUCGCGACAAUGCUCUCUCGAAGGCCCGUUUCUCUUUCCGUUGGAAUGAUCAGUUCAACAUUAGCCUCGAUCCUGUCACUGCCAGAGAAUUCCACGACGAAACCCUUGACAGCGAUGCCGCAAAGAGUUCCCAUUUUUGCAGCAUGUGCGGGCCCAAGUUCUGCUCCAUGAAGAUUACGGAAGAUGUCCGUGCGUACGCGGCCGAGAAUGGCUACGGAGUGGAAGAGACGGCGGCCAAGGGAAUGGAGACAAUGAGCGAGCUUUACAAGGAACUGGGCAACAAGCUCUACGUGGAAGAUGACGAGAAAACGUACGAGAACACCUUCAAUCCUUUGAAAGAUCUAGCGUCCUAG